AUGAUUACAGCGUCACGCUCGUUGUCCUUGCAUGUGUAUGCAUUAGCAGACAUGGAGCGUGUACGCACCAUAUCCAAGGCACAUGAGGCACCCGUUGCUCUGAUGGCUGUUGACCCGACGUCGAGCCUGCUGGCUACAGGCAGUGCUGAUGGAUCCGUCAAGGUCUGGGACUUGCGUGGCGGCUACUGCACACAUGUAUUUCGCGGACAUGGCGGCGUCGUGAGUGCUCUUUGCUGGCAUGUCGAGUCACGGCGAGCUGGCUCCUCUGCACGGGGUGUGCAGCUCAUAACCGGAUGCGUCGAUGGGAAGGUACGUGUCUGGGAUUUGCGGGGUGGUGCCAAGGCGGCUUCGAAACCAACGGCCGUCCUGCAUGCUCAUGCGGGUGUCGUCCGUGGGAUCGGCAUUUCGUCCGAUGGCAAUACCAUCGUGUCAGGAGCUCGCGAUCAGACCCUGGUGUUUUGGGACUGGAAAGAAGGGCGUUGGACCCGACGUGAUAUCCAGUUGAUUCAUGAGCGCAUUGAAGCGCUCAAGUUCUUGCCAGGAACGCCGUGGUUCGCGACCGCUGGGUCCAAGGGCAUCUUGCGCGUGUGGGAUGUGUCCUCGGGGAGCGAAGUGACCCGGCAGGAGUCGACACGAGAGACGGAUUCAGGUGCUGGAUGGGUCUCGGCUACACACCGCGGCGACAAUGCGCAUGGCGAUGGCCACGAGCACGGCGGCGGCGGCAAGGACGACGUCGAUGAUGAUGAUGAUGAUGAUGAUGAUGAACUUCGCGGACUGAUGGAUGCACUUGUGUCGUCAGAAUCGCACGCCAUCGUGACGGUGUCAGCGACGCAAGACUUGGCGUUCUUUGCGCUCCAUGCAUCGUCCGACACGGAGCCCCAACUUGUCCAGACGCACCAGCUUGUCGGGUACAAUGACGAAAUUGUCGACGUGACGCUGCUAGAGCAGCAGAAGUUUCUCGCUGUCGCAUCGAACAACAGCCAGCUGCGCAUAUACAAGCUUGAUACCCAUGACCAUGAUGUAUCGCUCGUCGACGGGCAUGCAGACAUGGUGCUAAGUCUCGAUGCAAGCCCUGAUAGCAAGUGGCUUGUGUCUGGCUCCAAAGACCAGACAGCACGCAUCUGGGCGCGUGUCGACGAUGGACGCGAUAGCUGGACAUGUCUCGGCAUUUGUGAGGGCCAUGCAGAGAGUGUGGGGUGCGUCAAGUUUGCGCGCAAGAGCCUGGAAAUGACGCCGUUCGUCGUCACAGCGAGCCAGGAUCGGACAUUGAAGCUAUGGGAUCUCUCACAGCUCACGGACGACAACCGCUUUACCAAGCUCUCAUCGCUCAUCACACUCAAGAUCCACGAGAAGGACAUCAACGCCAUUGACAUUGCGCCCAACAAUGGCCUUCUUGUCUCGGGCUCCCAGGACCGCACGGUCAAGGUCUUCCGGCUGAACUAUACGGCGCCUGGCAAACACACGAAGCCAUCCGCUACGCUCGAUACACUGGCGACGUGCCGCGGCCAUAAGCGCGGUGUUUGGUCCGUCCAGUUCUCGCCAGCCGAACAGGCAUUUGCCUCCGCGUCCAGUGAUCAGACGGUCCGGAUGUGGAGUCUGCAGGACUUUGCCUGUGUGCGUGUGUUUGAAGGACAUACAGGCAGUGUGCUUCGGCUGCAGUACCUGCCAAGUGGAGCCCAGAUUGUGUCGUCAGGAAACGACGGCCUGGUCAAGGUAUGGAAUGUGCGGGAUGAAGAGUGUGCAGUGACCGUGGACGCACACGAGGACAAGAUCUGGACGCUCGCUGUGCGUGAGGAGACGGCAUCGACGCCACUUCAGAUCAUCAGUGGUGCAGCAGACAGCACCAUCACGUUAUGGAGCGAUACGACUGCAGCUGUCGAGGCAGAGAAGAUGGCCGUGGCGAAAGAAGCUGUCGAACGGGAGCAGCAGUUUACGAAUCUGGUACUGCUGAAAGACUACCGGAAUGCAAUUGCGUUGGCGUUCCAGCUGGACCAGCCACGCCGUUUGUUGCAGCUCUUCUCACAGGUCGCUACAUCAAGACCAGACUAUGAUGCGAUGGCGUCGAUGGACCGCUUGCUUGCUGAUGCAUUGGGCACUCGGCACGUUCGUGGGGCUGCUCAUGAUGAGGAUGAGGACGAGGAUACACGGCGUGGCAGUAUAACCGGCCUGGCUGCUGUUGAUGGGAUUUUGCAAACGUUGCCUCGCUCACAGCUGGUGCAGCUCUUAUCCUACAUCCGCGACUGGAACACAUCCUCGCGCACAUCGCCCAUAGCACAACUGCUGCUGCAUGCUAUCGUGCGGCAGUGGGAUGCAGAGGCGAUCCUCGAUGCAUUUGAAGAAGCCCGCAAGCAAAAGGACUCGCACACAGGCCACGCCCACGGGAUGUCGGCCUUGUCCAUGCUCGACGGACUCAUGCCAUACACAGAGCGGCACUAUGCGCGUGUGGACCGCAUGCUCGUGGAAAGUGCGAUGCUCGACUACACGCUGCAGGCCAUGGAUUCCGUAUUAGGUGUGCACGGAGAAGAGGCCAUGGACGAUGAGGGGGACAUGGAGGAGCCAAGCAGCCGAGUGCUGACUGAUACGGCACGGAUGGAUGACGACGCGAACGACAGCGACAGCGACAGCGACGAUGCUGCGAUGGACGAGUCACACGUGUAA